CAAUUGAUUUAUAUAAACUCAAAUCUAAUUUGUUUUUGUUUAUUUAGGUCUAUAUGAAUAACCAUUAAAAUGUCGGGUAAAUCAGCUGAUUUAUAUCAACUUUAUAAAUCUAGUUUUUUGUUUAUUUAGGUGUAUGUGAAUGUCCAUUGAUAAUUUGGGUAAGUCAACUGAUUUCAAUAAAAGUAAAUCUGAUUGUUUUUUCUUCAUUUAGGUCUAUAUGCAUGUCCAUGAAGAAUUCUGGUACGUCAACUGAUUUAUAUAAACUUAAAGCUGAUUCUUUUUUGUUUAUUUAGGUGUAUAUGAAUAUCGAUUACAAUUUCUGGGAAGUCUAUAUGAAUAUCGAUUACAAUUUCUGGUCUGUAAUGAAAUUGCAUUAAUAUUCAUGCGUGGGCUGAGAGUAAGUGAAGCUAUUUGUGAAUCAGCAGCAUCGAUAUUAAAAGGCCAUAUUCACAAAAACCGUUCGUUACAACACAAAUCUUUGGAUGAUGAAAUAUUUCUUCAUUGGAAUGCCCCACCGUUACAUUUAGCUGAUAAAUUUAUUGAACAAUCAAUAGACGAUUAUUUUAUAAACAAAAAGGACAAAACUUGGUUAUUUUAUAUGAAAAAUGAACAAUAUCAACCAUGGAGAUUAUUAUCUCCUGGUUCACUCGUGUUGAAUCGUUUCCAAAGUGAACAAGUACCAAAACUACCAGAAUUAAUUGACGAUUGA